UCGCAGGUUGUCCACCCAACCAGCCCGAUGCUCACGCAGUGCGACUGGCGGACAGUAAGUAAGUGUUCUGUGGUCUGUGGGCACACGGGCGGCACCGACGCGCUCCCCGUGUCUGCGUAAUCGCGAGCCGCCGGCGCGCCGACAUCGAACCUCCUCCAUCGCCAGGCUCGAUGUUGUGGCUGAAGGCUGCGCCGGCCCUGGCGCGUCCUGGCGCGUCCGCGACCUUCAAGUGGCUCCUCUCCAGCCGGAGUCUCCGGACCACCGGCGCGCACAACGGGGGCCAGCGCGGGGAUGUGAGCAGCUCCGCGCGGCCGGGGAGGAGAGGAGGAGGAGGAGACGGCACCGCCACCACCGCCGCUUCCCAUGAGAUCUCCGUGGACUUUGAGCUGACCCGGGAGGCGUACAAGAGCAAAGACUCAUUGGAGCUGCUCAGAAGUUUGGUGGUGUUCAAACUCUGCUCCUAUAGCAUCCUGGUUGAUAAGAAUAAAGAGAUAAUGGAUCUGGGCAAGGCGAUCCUCGGCCGGAGAGCCUUCGACCAGCUCAUGAAGAUGACGUUUUACGGCCAGUUUGUGGCCGGCGAGGACCACCGGGCGAUCCGGCCGCUGAUCCAGAAGAAUGUGGCCUUCGGCGUCGGCUCUGUGCUGGACUACAGCGUCGAGGAGGACAUCAGCCAGGAGGAGCCAGAGCCGAGAGAAAGGAGCGACUCAUCUGUAUCCAUGGCAGAGAAAGGGGGCAUAGGCGGAGACCACGGAGAGGAAAAACAUAAAGUGCACAAACAGUUGGGGGAGCGUCGCGGGGGAGCGAGUGGAGGAGCCCCGACGUAUUCCAACAGCAACGAGGCCAAAUGUGACCAGCAUAUGGAAACCUUCAUCAAAUGCAUCAAAGCAUCUGGAGGGAGUUCAAUGGACGGAUUUUCUGCCAUCAAAAUGACGGCUCUAGGACGACCUCAGUUUCUGCUCCAAUUCUCUGAGGUCCUGGUGAAAUGGCAGCGAUUCUUCACCUUCCUGGCAUCAAAACAAGGGAAAGAUGGCACGGGAACUUCGGAGCAGAGGCUGGAGCUGGACCAACUACAGGAGUUCUUGACCAGAGCGGGUGCAAAAGGCAAUUUCUACGGCUGGUUCACUGGCAGGGAAGAGGCGGCGUCAGGAACCAUCGACGCGCUCGACUGGAACAGCCUAAUAGACGACAGAGCAGAGACGUCGGACCUGCUGGUCGUCCCAAAUCAAGGUGAGCUGGGGCCUCUGCUGGAGAAGUUCACCACGGAGGAGGAGGAGCAAAUGAAGAGGAUGUUACAGCGCAUGGACAUUUUAGCCAAGCAUGCCCUGGAGAACGGCGUUCGCCUGAUGGUGGACGCAGAGCAAACCUACUUUCAGCCAGCGAUCAGCAAACUGACGCUGGAAAUGCAGAGGCUCCACAACAGACAAACGCCUGUCAUCUUCAACACGUACCAAUGCUACCUGAAGGAGGCCUAUGAGCAAGUAGCUAUGGACGUAGAGCUUUCGCGGCGUGAGGGUUGGCACUUUGCCGCCAAGCUCGUCCGCGGCGCCUACAUGUAUCAGGAGCGAGAGCGGGCCGAGGAGUUGGGUUACGAGGAUCCCAUCAACCCCGAUUAUGAGUCGACCAAUAGAAUGUACCACAGGUGUCUGGAUUAUGUGCUCGACGAGAUCGCACUCAACAGAAAUGCCAACGUAAUGGUUGCAUCCCAUAAUGAAGACACAGUGAAACACACCUUGAGGAGAAUGAAUGAGCUGGGUCUAACUCCCACGGAGAACAAGGUGUACUUCGGUCAGCUGCUGGGCAUGUGUGAUCAGAUCAGCUUCCCGUUGGGCCAGGCCGGCUACCCCGUCUAUAAGUAUGUCCCCUACGGGCCGGUGAACGAGGUGAUGCCCUACCUGUCUCGGAGGGCCCAGGAGAACAGAGGCUUCAUGAAGGGCGCCCAGAAGGAGAGGGAGCUGCUGUGGCGGGAGCUGAAACGCCGACUCGCCUCCGGGGAGCUUCUCUACAGACCGGUGUACUGAAAACACAGACAGAGACAGAGACAGAGGGGAGGGCGUGUUCAAGUGUCAGGGUUUCAUAUAAGGAAAAAAGGAAAGGAGUCCUCGCAGGUUGACGGCUGCUGCGGCUGCAUCUCCUGCUCUGGCCUAUUCCGGAGUUUUCUCGCUGACGGAAUGUUUUCCGUACGUCCCCCCCCCCCCCCCCCCCCCCCCCAUCCUCCGUCCCCCUCACCUUCCCUUCUCCACCUUCACCCCCGUCCCAUUGUCCACGUUCUCUCUCCACUUCUUUUCCUCAUCCGCCUCUGCUGGGCCCGCGAGCGCUCCUCACUUUGUCUUCACGCCGUCUAAAGAGCUCCGGUAUCCAUCAAACGGGGCAUCUUUACUGCUCCAAGAGGAACUCUCUAAAAUGUCAACAAGACUGCGGCGGGCAUCUGUUUUUAUGGCCCUAUUCAUCUCGGACAGGGACAGCAAUAAUGAAAAAAAAUAACAGGCUUGAUUUAAAUGGUAGUAAAGGAAACAUCAAUAUCC